CAUCUGUUACUGUUCACCAGAGAAUUUACACAGGAGAGAAACCCUAUGCAUGUGAGGAAUGUGGUAAAUCUUUCAAGCAGAGUUACCACCUUGGCCAGCAUCACUGAAUACACACCCACGAGAAACUCUUCGAGUGUAAGGAAUGCAGGAAAGUCUUCAGCCAGAAUGCAUACCUACUUGUGCACCAGAGAAUUCACACCGGGGAGAAGCCUUACAAGUGUAAGGACUGUAGGAAAACCUUCCGACAGCCUUCACACCUGGCUCAGCACCAGAGAAUUCACACUGGAGAGAAGCCCUAUGUGUGUAAGCAAUGUGGGAAAGCCUUCAGGGACAGCUCGACUUUUGUCCGACACCAGAAGUGUCACAGUGAACAUCGCCCCAUGAGUGUAGUGAGUGUGGGAAAGCCUUCCGGUAUAACAUGUCCCUAACUCGGCACUUCAGAUGUGAUCAUACUGGAGAGAGAGAGAGACCUUUUAACUGCCUUGAUUGUGGAAAAGCCUUCAGUGUUCAUAUAGGACUCACUCUGCACAGGAGAGUGCAUACUGGAGAGAAGCCCUACAAAUGUAAUGUGUGUGGAAAAAACCUUCUGCAGGGAUUCAUCCCUGACUGUUCACCAGAGAAUCCACACAGGAGAGAAACCUUACGAAUGUGGUAUUUGUGGGAAAGCUUUUAGCCAUCGUUUGUCACUCAAUGGACAUCAAAGAAUACAGUCACGGGAGAAACCCUAUGAGUGUAAGGAGUGUGGGAAAGCGUUUAGGCAGAGUGUACAUUUAGCUGUUCAUCUGAGAAUCCAUAUGGGUGAAAAACCCUAUGAAUGCAAGCAGUGUAGAAGAGCAUUCAGAGAAAAUUCACAGCUGACCACCCAUCAGAGAACUCACACAGCAGAGAAGCCUUUUGAAUGUAAGCAAUGUGGUAAAGCUUUCAAGAGAAGGCCAUAUCUGGCCAGACAUCAGAAAGUUCAUACAGGAGAGAAGCCCUAUGGGUGUAAUGAAUGUGGUAAAGCCUUCACCGACGCUGCCUACCUUAUACGACACAAGAGAGUUCAUAGUGGAGAGAGACCUUACAAGUGCACCGAGUGUGAGAAAGCAUUUGGUGAUGGGUCAAGCCAGGCUCAGCACCAGAGACUUCACACUGGCCAAAAGCUCUAUAUGUGUGUUAAAUGUGGGAAGGCGUUCAGAACAAGGUCAUCCCUUAACUGUCAUCAGCGAUGUCAUGCUGGAGAGAAGCCUUAAAAACACACACAUGGCAAGUCCUUCACACCUUGCCAAUCUCUUACUGUAUGUACAUCAGGGAACUCAACCUGAAGAAAA